CAGGAGGUCGUGGUUUUAAACAAAUUAGAUAAAAAAAAAAAAAAAAAAAGAUUUCCGAUUUCCGCAAAGGUUUCACUGCUGCAGACACAUUCCAUGAAAAUGUAAUCAUUCGCCAUGAUAUGAUUCUCAUGCAGGCAAAUGCCAGCGUAUCAGUGUAGGCUGCCAUUCAGUGGAAGCCCUACUUCAUAAUUUUACAUUAAAGUACAGUCUCUACUGUGCUGGAAUGCUUUGCGUGACUUUGGGUGGUGGCAUUUGUCCUUUGUUCACAUAUUGUUCGUUGAAUGUGUGCUUGCUUUUUCUUUUUGUUUCUUUUUUGCAAACAAUUCAAUGACAACACAAUGCAUAGAGACAAAAUUUUACGAGCAGAUCGAAAAUCAUGGUGCCAAACUAUGCCAGGUCUGGCGUGCAAUAUUUCACUUUCAGGUUCCUGGCAGUUUCUCCUUUCUCGGAAACUAUAGUCAAAGUCAAAGUAAACUUUAUUGUCGUCUCUGCUAUAUACUGUACAGGUACAUAGAGAGAUGAGAUGACGUGGCUCCAGUUUCUUUUUUAGAACCAGUUGAGUACCCUGUGACUGUGAUUCUUCAUACCCAACUGGUUGGUUGAAAUAAAAUCUUGAUGUGGAUUUUUACUUUCUGGACCUGAACCUCUGGGUUUCUGGACCUCUGGGUUUGAUCUAGUGCUAGUAAGAAAUUAUACCAGGACUGAGCAGAUGCCCAGGCCUGAAGACCAUAAAGGUCAGCCUCCUUCACCAUUUUUGAAAAAAAAAGAAGCAAAAAUACUCAAGAACACACACCACUCGCGCCACCUAGACUUCUUUACAUGAUUUUUUUGACACAUCCACGCCUCGGUGUGCAAUAACAAGCCCAUUCAUGGAGCUGCAGCCUCAACCAUGCAGGCUGUCAUGUCCUUGUUAUGCUAAAGUCAUGUAGAGGCACACCUAGAAUGCAACCGGAUGUCGGCUGUAUGAGAUACUGCACUUGUGGUUUACUGAGCUGAAGAACCUGAGGGUAACAAUCAGUAUGAUACUCUGAGGAAACAGAACCCCUGCAGGCACGUAAAGAAGCAUCCAUCCUCAUAGUGAAAGGCUUGGUGAGUCUACUUUUGUUAUGUGUUUAAUACCUGUCUUCUCUAUCGGAAACUAAGCUUCAGUAGUAGAUGUAAGUAUCGACUAAUCAAUAUAAGUUCAGAAGAGCGAAGCAGCAAAUACAAGUGGUUAGGAAUAAACCCCGCUGAGGAUUUAAUGGCAUUGACUCGGGAAGGAAUAUGGACUCCAAGACGGGAGUGGAGAUGGUUUGACAAAAGCGGGAGCAGGUUAGAAACGUCGGGUGUCUGAGCUGAAGCGCACAAGGACACAUGCGAGAAAACAUGCACAGCCCUGGGUCAUAGACCUGCAUGUGAGUCAUUUGCGUGUGAGAAAAUGCAGCGUGAUGACUGGGUAUAGCAGAGGUGAGGUGAAUGAGUAUAUCCCUGACUUCACCUCACCCCACAGCAUCCACGCCCCCUGUACAAACAUUUUAGGCCCAUAUGUAAUUGUUCCAUCCAUCCAUCCAUCCAUCUCACAUAAUUGCUUUUCCAGUACAAGGUUGUGGUGAGUUUAGAGCCCUUUGCCAGGAAGCACAAGACAAAAGGACACCCUGCAUGGGAUGCCAAUACACAAAUUCCAGGAGUCACACCUAGUCGGCAUUUUUAAGAUAGUGACUUUGAGGAAAUUCUCUUUGAGAAAAGCCCCAAUCAGACUGAUGUGAAUAAAAUCCUUAUACAUAUAGCACCCCAGUGCUUCUGGAGAUUAAUAUGCCAGGGAACACUUGCUUCAAAUUCAGGACACAUGACUUUCAGGGUCUGUUAUCAUUUUGGUGCACAUUUGCCAGUUGCAGAUACUCGCUUUGGCAUGGCUCCUCUAUGCCUCAGGAGGAGCUCAGAUUACGCCUGGUAACCACACUGGCCACUGGUUUUACCUUCAGCGAUCUAAGCUUUGCUGUUAUCUUAGUCUGCCUGUCCCAUCAGUCCCUGGUUCGCGCAGCCUUCUCUCUUAGCAGUUAUUCACAAUUGCUCACACACAACCUGAAGCGGUUUAUACUCCUGUCUUGUGCACCAUGUUGUAUUUUGACAGUUAAACAAAACGUGGGUGGUGUGAUGGUGCUGUGGUUAACAGUGUUGUCUCAUACCUCUGGGACCCAGAUUUUAAUCUCAGCCCUGGCUCUGUGUUUGGAGUCUGUCUGUUGUUGUCGUGGGGUUUUCUCCGGGUACUCUGUUUUCCUGUCAGAAAUAGUACCUGUCUGGCCCUGUCCCAUGUGCCUUUUCCCCAUUUGGCCAGCAGAUCCCCCUGCCCAUCCCAUUGGGUGUUGCCCUACUGUGGCUCAAUGGGCUGAGCGUGCUUCUCAGCUUCUCUGAGGCAGACAUCCCUCCCGUCACCUUUUAUUUAAUAUAUUGGUUUUAUGUUAUCCCUAGGGUCUGGUAUUGUUAAUCUACGUCUGUGCUUUGUGUCCCUGUUUAUGGUCUACCCUUACCUGCCUUAGUUAUGUUCUGCUGUGUUCCUAGUCUCUCCUGGGUUAGGUAGCCCUCAGUCUCCUAAGAUCUCCUAGUUUUUAGUGCAUGUUAGUUGUAAUUUCCCCCACCUGUUCCUUGUUGCCCUGAAUCCUUAGUGAUGGUUUGAUUGGUUAUGGUUAUUACCUGUCCUGUGUAGUGUCUUGUUAGUUGUGUAUUUAAGUGCCUAUUUUUGUUCUUUUCCUCAGUGGGUCAUUAUGACUGUUUCUUUGUGUUGCUGUGUGUUACUUAGUUACAAUUACCCUGUGUUAGUUAUUGUAGCUUCCUGUAUUCCUCCCUUCCAUUGAUGUUGUUGUUCCUGGUGUUGUUCCCUGCCUUACUUUAACUUCGACCCCUCGCAGUCCCCUUGUUUUCUACUUCUCCCUUUGUGUUUCAUGUAAUAAAAUCCUGGUAUAUUGGAGUUGCUACGUGGAUAGUCUCUCCUUCGCCAUGCCUGCCAUAAGAGUUUCUCCCCACAGUAUUAUUUGUUUCUUCUUCAGGUUGAAACUGGUAGCCUGACGUUAAAAGUAAACACUUUAAAAAGCCACAUUGCCUGAUGGGAAAUUCAUCUUCAAAUGGUAUGUUACUGUAUGUUGAUCCUCUGGACUGGUAAUUAUUUCACAUUCCUUUUUGUUAGUUUUGUCAAUUAUUAUUUGAGGCCGUGUCUGAAAUCUUAUUUCGUAAAUUUGUCUCCAUGGAUAUGUUAUAAAUUAUUGAUUCAUUAUUAUUUGCAGCCCUAUAAAUGCCAAGGCAACUGUCAUAUUUAAAAAAUGUAAUAUCCUUUUAUACAAAGAGCUCACUUAUUUAGGAGUAAGUACAAAAGAAGCACCAGACACUAAUGUUGAGUAUUCUUAAGAGGUUUCAGCUGAAGAUGUCAAGUUUUGAUUUGUCGUUGAUAUAGCGGGGGACACAAAGGGAGAUCCCAGCAAUAUUGACCUGACGAAAUUUCAGAAAGUUCACAACAAUGAUAAUAGAGAAAAUGAGCCCCUCCUACCACGAAGUGAUGAGGGUAGCACAUGCCCAGAAGAGUCUUCAUCAUCGCUUUCGGGAGCUCAAGAAAGAACUAGAGGAAAAUGGCUCCAAAACACCAUCCAUACACUUUAAAAACAAGGAGAAGGACCUUAAUCUUCUCUAUAGAGCCCUCCGAGACAAGAUGAUGGGCGUUGUCCGAGACUCAAACAAUGAGCAGCCCUGUGACACAGAGCUGCUGAGUAAAGUGGCUCAGAUCAUCCAGGAGGAGGAGAAGAGGGAGAAGGACCCAGGCAGUGGGGAGUGGAGCUGGAGAGACUCCUGGAAGGAGGCAGUGAGGGAUGGGGUUAAGGCUAAGAUCAAGAGUGUGGCCCUGGACACCAAGGAGCAGAACAGGGCAUGGCUGGCUGUUCACCUUGGCCAGCUAGGCAAGGCUGUUGUGGAGGACUUGGAGAACGUGAAGAACAACCUGAAGAAGUGCUACCCUCCCAGCUUCGAUGUCUUUAACACCUACGUGGACAGCUACCAUCAGGCCAUUGCCCAACACCUCAAGGAAAUCCACCAGAAGGAGCUAGAAACCAAAGAUUCCUAUGUUCUGCUGAAGUGGAUUCUGAACGAUUACAAAAGCGAGGAAUUGAUGGGAAGCCCCACUCUCCAGCCAGAUAUGUGUGAUGACAUUAUGGUCCUUCCCCUGGAGGAUGACUUUCUGAACCAGAUCAAAGAGAAAUACUGGCAGCAGCUAAAGGAAGUAUUUAUGAACAUCUUUAGAGAAAUAAUCAACGAGCAAAAAAACAAUGUUGAAGAGAAAGAGCCUGAAAUCCUGCAUUGGUAUCACUCUGAAAUGCACCACGAUAUCUGUCAGGCCUUAAAUGAAUACAUGACCAGAAUCCGAGAAAUGAAUGCAAACCUGGAGAGAAAACUUCUGUGUGUCUUCUUGGAUGAGCUAGAGUCCUUUGCCGAACGAUUUGGGAAUGACUUAGAGCAAUGGGCCACCGACAGAUCCUUGAGUGCAGAGUAUCAGAUCGCUUACAUCAACAGUUUCAUCUCUGUACAGGAGUACCUGGAGACAUACAGAGCUUUGAGUGCAGAGCAGGUGGAGAAGGUGGUACAAAAGAUGAAUGCUGAAAUCAACAAGCUAGGUCAGACUCUGAUGGAGAAGUUCAAGGAAAAGACAGAGCCGAGCUUCAAGAACUUGAUGAGGGGAAGGUGGGUCAAUGAUGAACCCUUUCAGAAGAUUGUGAAUAUAAUAGAGAAGCUCUCGGCGCUGUGCGAGUAUAUGAGACCUCCGUAUAAGCAGAAAUUUGUGGACGAGAUGCAUUAUUACAUGGCAAAGCAGUACAUCACUCAAAUGAUGUCAAACCGCUGGUCCUGCGGACGGAGGGACCAUGAGGCAAUAGUGUCUACACUCAGAAGGCAAUGGCGAGAGCUUCAUGAAGACUUUGAGAAGAUGUCAUCCAGCAUGACCUGGGUGUACCCAGCUGGAGAACACCUUGCUGAUAUUAUUGAAAAGAAGAAACCUAAGGAUAUUAAGAUUAUCUUACAGUCAUUGGUGACGGAUUAUCCAGACAUCAGUAGGAAACAUCUCAGAGCUGUGUUGGACUUCAGUGGCAAACUUAACUGCGUACAGAAAUGGGCCGUCCUGAACCAACUGGAUAAUCUGCAUCAGAAUCCAGUACACGCUGAGAGCCCGAAUCACAAAUUCUUCAGCGAAAUCCCCGUCAAGAAAAUGCAUUGCGUCUGCUGCCUUUCUGGGCACUAACACUGUAUUGUGCUAUAUUUCUUUUUUACAGAUAUGACCAUUAAAUAACUUGCCUUAUGUGCUGACUUAUUGUAUGAUGCCAUCAACAUGUCAUUUAUCUGAAGUGUCGUUAGAAUUUUACUAUCAUGACCUCCAAUCAUGUCUCUGUAGAGUUAAGCAGCUGUUUUCCGUUUGAUGAUAAACAAAUUCAGUUAUCUGUGUCCCAUCCUGUUUAUGUGUGAAAUGGGAUCAGUGUGAAAGCAUCUCAUGGUUUUUGCUGACUUUGUGUUUGCAUAGUUAGUCAAAGUUUAUUUGAACUAAUAUCUGGAGAUGAUUACUUUGCAACCUCUUGAAGCGGAGAUGUGAACAUGUGAUAUAUCCUUCAAGACAAAAAAAACAUUAAUAAAACAAUAAAAUCUAGCUUUUCUAGGCAAGAGGAAGGCUAUGACAAGAAAAAUGGUGAAAGUGAAAUAUAUGACAGUAGCUGCUCUUAUUUACUUUGCUUGUGAUUCAUACUUUCAGUUUCAAUGUAUUGCAUAGUUCCCUUAUAUUCUGUUUUUUUCUAGAUUGCUUUGGAGCAUUUCUCAAGUGGCAAUAUUUGCGAAACAACAAGUGUAAUCCCCACAAUGUCACGUUUGCACAGCAGAACAUAAUUUCUCAUCGCUUCACAGAUUUCCAGAAGUUUUUGUACAUGCAUGGAAAUGGUUUUGUACAAUUGUCAUCAUUUGGCAUGAUUUUCAGUUGCUUUAACCAGUUUGACCGAUUGACUGAAAAGAACCGGUUCAAAAGAACGAUUCAUUCACGAAUAGGAUAUCAUUCGCGAGCAUGUUAUAACAUGGAUAAGUUUUUGUACAUGCAUGGAAAUGGUUUUGUACAAUUGUCAUCAUUUGGCAUGAUUUUCAGUUGCUUUAGUCUUAAAAUAGAUGAUGUAGUUUCCCUCUGUAAUAAUUUUACACACAAAACAAUAUAUGUUUGUGAUCAUCAUAUAAGCCACCACAUGAAAAAUAGAGAUUUGGAGAGAUUCUCCACAUUCUCCAACAAUAAAAAAAACCACAAAUGUU